GUUGAAAGAAAAGAAGAAGAAUAGAAGAAAAGCAUCAUGGAAGUUCCUGGUGGCGGUUCUAUAGUGACGAGAUCGGUGUGGGCUUCCAACCUUGAAACGGAAUUUGAGCUAAUGCGUUCUGUCAUCACCUCCUAUCCUUUGAUCAGCAUGGACACAGAAUUUCCUGGUGUGAUCUUUCACUCCAACUCCGAUGUGCGACAACCAGAACACAAUUACGCUGUAAUGAAAUCUAAUGUGGAAUGUCUGCAUCUGAUUCAAGUUGGUCUCACUCUUUCAGACUGUCAUGGAAACCUUCCAAGCUUUCAAUCUUCUGAUCGUUUCAUCUGGGAAUUCAACUUUCGCGAGUUCAACGUCGCAUGUGAUCCUCACGCGUCUGAUUCCAUUGAACUCCUUCAACGUCAAGGAAUUGAUCUGGAAAAGAACCGGAAAUUCGGAGUAGACAUUAUCCGGUUUGUGGAGCUGUUGAUGUUCUCCGGAAUGAUUUGUAACAGUAAUAUUCAAUGGAUCACUUUCCAUGGUGCCUACGACUUUGGGUAUCUUGUGAAGGCAUUGACAUACAGAUUUCUUCCCACACAACCUCUUUUGCCUGUGGAAUUGUCAGACUUUAUGCAGUUGGUUAAGUUUUUCUUUGGAGGGACAAUAUACGACGUUAAACAUAUGAUCAAGUUCUGUCCUAAUCUCUAUGGUGGUUUGGAUAGAGUCUGUGAGUCUCUGUGUUUGGAUCGUGCAGUUGGUAAAAGCCAUCAAGCAGGCUCUGAUAGUUUACUCACUCUCCAUGCUUUCAACAAAAUUAAGAAUGUUUAUUUUUCUGAAAACUCUUGUUCUGACGUUUUCAACUACAAGGAUGUCUUGUAUGGUUUAGAACUUUUCUGA